AACCUGCAAGGACAACUCUCAUCCUUUUCUUUAUAAAUUGUCUUGAUUCCUAAAAUAAAGUGUUCCUCAUAUCCUGGCUGCAUUAUAAUAAGCCUUAUUAUAUAUUGUGAUGAGUGACUUCUUGCUGCUGGUCCGGGGCCCCUCCAGGAGCCACUGCAGUGAGCUAUUUAUGGUCUCCACAUGCAGGAACAAGGUCCCGCCUCUCCUGAGACACUUUUCAUAUAUACCAUGUCAGACUCUUGCUUUCUCCUCCUCCUCUCGCUGAGUACACCUAUGGAGGAUGCUUUCCUGCCUCGAGGGGCCUCCUCUUCUUCCUGCUCUCUGAUUGGCCCCCGGUGCGCCUCUGCCGCGGUGACGUCAUCUCCCCCCUGCAGCCUGCAGAGCUGAAUGGACCGAGCAGCCUGUCUGAUGUCUGAUUCACUCCAAAAAACAGCUCGGCACGGCACGGCACGGACAUCACCCCGGGAAUAGAGAGCUAACAGGGGAUAGAGAGGCUUGUUGACGAGCUGCAUGCAGAAAGGAGAGAGAGAGAGAGGCCUCCACUUCUGCAGCAUCUAUAUAUACUUUUUGUUUUUCUCCAGGAGACAGGACUGAGGUAUAUGCGGGUGUAUGUGCGUGCGUUUGUCUCCGGGUUUGGAUCACGAUGAUGCAAAGUGCGGCGGUCCUACCGACAGAGAGUCCUGUAAAGAGUUUACCGGAGAUUCUCGGAGUGCCACUGCAACAGAUCCCUCAGUGUGCCGGCUGUAGUCAACACAUCCUGGACAAGUUCAUCCUGAAGGUGCUGGACCGUCACUGGCACUCCAAGUGCCUCAAGUGCGCCGACUGUCAGACUCCGCUGGCGGACAAAUGCUUCUCCCGGGCGGGAAGCGUCUACUGCAAGGACGAUUUCUUCAAGCGUUUUGGAACAAAAUGUGCAUCAUGCCAACAGGGGAUCCCUCCGACGCAGGUCGUGCGAAAGGCACAGGACUUUGUGUAUCACCUGCACUGCUUCGCCUGCAUCAUGUGCAGCCGACAGCUGGCCACCGGGGACGAGUUUUACCUCAUGGAGGACGGGAGGCUGGUGUGCAAGGUGGAUUAUGAGACCGCGAAACAAAACGAUGAUUCAGAGGCGGGGACCAAGCGGCCGAGGACCACCAUCACGGCCAAGCAGCUAGAGACCCUCAAAAGUGCCUACAAAAACUCGCCGAAGCCGGCCCGCCACGUCAGAGAGCAGCUGUCCUCGGAGACGGGGCUGGACAUGAGAGUUGUGCAGGUGUGGUUCCAGAACCGGCGAGCAAAGGAAAAGCGUCUGAAGAAAGAUGCAGGUCGACAUCGCUGGACUCAGUUUUAUAAAAGUGUUAAACGCAGCCGAGGAGGAACUAAAGUGGAGAAGGAAAGCUCGGCCGACGACGCAGGACUCAGUGACAGUGAACUGAGCUUCAGAGACGACCAGGUACUGUCGGAUCUCGGCCACGCCAACGGACUAUAUGGGAGCGUCGGUGACGUGACCAACAGCGCGGUGCUGAACGGCGGCUUCUCUGUCGACGCGGCGGGACAGCCCUACCACGACAUCCGGGCGGGAAGCCCCUACGGUCUCCCUCAGUCGCCCUCCUCCAUCACCUCUCUACCCGGCCACACCCCUCUCCUCAACAACCUGGGCUUCAGCAUGGACAGUCUAGUGGUGCAGGGCGGACCGGGCGGCGUGGGGCAGGCUCUGAGGGCCAUGGCGGGGGGCCCGACCUCAGACCUCUCCACAGGCAGCAGUACAGGAUACCCCGACUUCCCCACCAGCCCCGCCUCCUGGCUGGACGAGAUGGACCAUUCCCAGUUUUGAGUCUCGAACACGGCAGAAGAUCGCUGUGGGGAUACGGCAAAACAUUUUUACAUUUCUUUCUAUCACCCUCCAAGACUGGUAUGUUUUGUGAUUUUGGGUGAAGAAGAGGAGAAAGGACUCAGUCCCUCAGCAGUCGUAACGGUGAGGUAUCGGUGUAGUCCGAACAAAAGCAGUGAAGAACACCUCCGCGCCGUUGAAUGUUCAAUCUCAACACUGUAUCAUACAAUUUUUUGGUAUCACCUGACUUUAUUUUGUCCUUUCACUCUGAGAAUGAGACUGGAUUUCGGUGGAUUAACGCUCACAGGGGAGGUAACAUUGUCCCCCAAAAUAAACCAUCCCAGCUACAACAAUAGGGCUACAAUCUAGAUCAAAGUCCCUAUGAGACCCAGGAGGCACCUGCAUGCUUCUGAUUCACGAUGAGUAGGACUGCUGUCUGGCCAUAUCGAAGCCUUUUACAUUGGCAAUGCACUUUACUCUCCUCUUCUUUUUCUACACAUAUGGACAGCAAUGCAGAGAGAGGAAGAGAGAGAAAGAGGAGAGACAUAUGCACAAGGCAAAAACACAGUGUUUCAUUGGGAGAGAAAUUUACAAGAACAGUGGCACAAGUGUGAAUUUUGAACCAUGCUGAUGUUUUUUUAAUGUAUUGCUGAAGCUUACAAGUUAUUAGGAAGUAGAUGGCCGUUGAUCUGUCCGUCCGUCUAUCUGUCCGUCCGUCUAUCCGUCCGUCCGUAGAAACUGAUGUCUCCUCUGUUUGAAUGAGGGCGAACACUGUUUGCUACACAGCAGGUCUCUCUUCUAUAUUUAUAGGUGCUUGACUUGUUCUCGUCUGUGUAAAAGCUGUCUGAGAGCGGACGUCUGUCAGUAUUAAAUGAUCCAGACACACCAGGCAUCAAAGCUCAUGUGUUGGAGGACAGUCAAGAAGUUUAGGGUUUGGACAAAUUCAACUCUAACCACCACUAAUAUGUCACACAUCUAAAUUAUUAAUUUAUUUUUGUUGAAUGCACAGAUGUAAGACAAGCAGAUGUCCAUUUAUAAGACUCCUUUGCAGAUAUUAUUAAGCAAAUGAAAUGGUUACACAAAUACAAAACAUUUAAUUUGACAUUCAAGAAAACACCAACAAGUAUUAGCAGCAGGAACGCAGAUAAAAAGUCCCUUUGUGUUGGCUCUUGUGUUUCCUCAGUCUGAUCCAGGCUUCUCUUGGUAAUCUACUGCAGAGCUCUAGCUUUGCCUGCUAUCAACCUACUUACUGACCCCAGAUGUGUUGUCAAUCUGUUCUCCCUCUGCCUAGCCUCCAUGUCAGAGGGAUUACCACAGAGCCCCCCAUUAUCAGGGCCGAUACCCUACUGUCGCUGCAGUGCUGGCAUGACUGAUAUGUUUCUUAUAGUUCAGGCUACAUCAGCUACAUCUUAAGAGAUAGAAGACUGAUUCACUAGAAGUUUCUGAUUCUCCUGAAAUGCAAACUAUUCUUCUAAUAGUUUGAUUUGACCUGUUGAGCAUGUCAAAACCAGUAGAGGGAAGGUUUGCUUAAAAACACAUCCUUACUACAAUUUCUGUUUUAUCAAUUGAAGAAAAGAAAUCUUAUCUAUGUGGUCACCUUUUCGUGAAAAAUUGCCAAGUUCUUUUUUUACCAGAGCAUCUUAUUUAAGAGCCAGAAAGCAAAUCAACAAACAGAAAGUGACACCAUUAAGAAAGUCAGGUAACACUUUGGAUUACAGCCCACAAAUUGCAGCGUAAUUAUGUAGUAAAUAAAUACAUGGUAUCAAUGAAAUACUUACUGUGUAUCUAUACUGGGAUUGAAAUAUAAGUACAGGGGAAAAUGACAAUAGGUUAAGGAAUAAGAGGGUUACAGUGUUGAUAUUUCAAUGACAUUAGUUGUGGUAUAAUUUAUUUUAAAAGUAUGUUAUACUUUAAAGGUGUUAUUGAUAGUUUUUUUACAUAGACAAACAAUUAAAAAAUAAAUAAUUCAUCCACAAAGCUUUUAGAAAGGUGUCAAAUGAAAGUAUUGCUUUUCCUAAAAAAGAUUAUUAUGAUUGUGAAUUAAUCAUUUUAAAAUUUUUGACGGGUCCAAAAUUAAUGUUUUGUUUAUCUCUGUGGAAGAUAUUUCUAUUCCUCUACUCUAAAUGCAAAUUUGUUACCCAUUAUUUCCAGAGAUACCCAGUAAGUGUUUCAUUGGUACUUCGUAUGUACAAACUAUUUUCAGUGCAAUAUUUGCUGGCUAUAAUCUAAAGUGUUAAGUGAAAAUCAUACAGUAACACAUUACCACUACAGUUUUGUUAAGUCUGUGUUGCCUCAGAAGUUUGCAUCUUAAUUGUUGUAAAUUUUGUACAGUUUGAAAACGUGUUGAUCGUCUUGUUUCAUGAGCGCUAUUUAUUAUUAUUGCCAUGUGUCUUUGAAAAAGAUGUAAAAGAGAGCACUGAAUUUAUUCAUUUAUGCCUUCUGUGUAAUGGUAUGAACCGUGUACAGUCAAAUCUAUAUGAGGAAAAUAAAGCUGAAUUGUCUUUGGGUUACC